AUGGCUUCAAGCAACAGAUCCCUAGAGCAUGGAAACUCGAGAGAACCAUCUCUAGUCGGUAAUUACGUUGUCGGCAUUGAAAUCGGACGCGGCUCUUUUGCAACAGUAUAUAAAGGUUGCCAUAAGCGAACAAAACAAUCUGUCGCUAUCAAGUCUGUAUUACGUUCAAAAUUAACGGGAAAACUACUGGAGAAUCUAGAGUCAGAAAUAGCAAUCCUUAAAGGAAUUCGACACAUUCACAUUGUUCAAUUGGUUGACUGUCAGAACUCGGAUGCGCAUAUACAUUUAAUUAUGGAAUAUUGUUCCAUGGGUGAUUUGUCGAAUUACAUAAAAAGACGCGGUGAUAUGAAUAGUACAAACGCAGUAGCGCCAUCGUCUGGUGGUCUAAGCGAGUAUGUGGUACUACAUUUUUUGAAACAAUUAGCAAACGCGCUGGAAUUUCUACGGUCUCAGAAUCUAAUACAUCGAGACAUCAAGCCACAGAAUCUAUUACUAUUGCCACCAUCUAACGAUAAAGAAAUAUUAUCUUCAUAUGGGUCACCUGACCUUCCUCUUUUGAAAAUUGCUGAUUUCGGCUUUGCUCGAAUACUACCAUCCACAAGUUUGGCAGAAACAUUAUGCGGAUCGCCACUUUACAUGGCACCUGAAAUCCUGAGAUACGAAAAGUAUGACGCGAAAGCGGAUUUAUGGAGUGUAGGUGCAGUGUUAUAUGAGAUGAGCGUGGGUAAACCGCCAUUUCGUGCACAGAAUCAUGUUGAAUUGCUUCGAAAAAUAGAGAAAAAUGGCGAUAGGAUAAAAUUUCCAGGAGACAUAGUGCAACAGAAUAUUGGUGGUAAUACCCGAUUAAAAGAUGAUCAUCAUCCUGAGGGACAAACCAUAAUUAGCGAUGAUUUAAAGGAUCUAAUAAGACAAUUAUUAAAACGGAAUCCAGUUGAACGAAUAUCUUUUGAAGAAUUUUUUAUGCAUCCGUGCGUUGCUGGUGAGCUGCAACUACUAAAUCCUCCUUCAUCCUCCUCAUCCUCUUCAACCACUUCAAAACAAAAGCUUUCUUCUUAUGAAUAUAAAAACAGACCAAAAAGUUAUGUGCGACCCAAUCAUGAUAUCGAAAAUAAUAACUACAAUAAUCACAAUCAGCAUAAUACAAGAGACCGAUCAAAAUCUUCCCCUGCAGUCCCUUUGCAUAAAGAUGUAGAUAUAGGUAUUAAUAAUUAUCAAAGUAGGGGUCAUCAUGUACACAAGACUCGCAAUAAAGACAUUGAAGGAGCGUCACCCAAAGGAAUCAUCGCUUUAACCACCACAGGACUUGAUGUGCAACAGAAUCCUGCCGUGUUACAGAAAAAAACGUCAAAAGAUAGAAUAAAACAUCAAACAUAUCAACGCACCACUCGAUAUCCUCCAAAAAUUGGACACCUGGGCAAUGAAAAAUUUGAAUCAUCAAGAACCAACGAUAAUGAACCACAAUUGAAUUCACAUCCUUCUGACGCCAAUUCACCAUCGGCAUCUUUAUUAAUACAAAAUUCGGAUAAAAAUGUAGAAACAUCCAAGAAACGUGUGGAUGUAGAUGUUCGGCGAUUGAGUCGUGCUGAGGAUGACGUGCUUCUCGAAAGAGAAUACGUCGUGGUGGAAGAGAAAGGCACGAUAGAAGUUAACGUACUCGCAGAUGAAAUUGUUAUUUCGCCAAAACUUAAUGAAAUAGUAAUUAAAGAUACCGCGAAAAAUACCGAUAAUCAAGCGUCAGAUAACAAAUCUCCUGAGGUACAAUUUCGUACAAAUGUUCCAUUACAAAAUCCGUCAGCGGCCUACUUUUAUUCUACUACUCCUCCUUUUGCGCUGCCGGUUAAUCAUGAGAGAGGAAGUUCUUCUGGUAGUAAUGGUAGUGCUUCGUCAGCUCUUGCCAGGGCCUUAUCUAUGGCUUCUGUGCGUUUAUUUGGAAACGGUGGCUCGCCACCUUCUUGGAGUGAUAGAUAUUCAAAAGCAAAGGGAAACCCUAUUGGAACCAGUAGUGAUGCUAUAAGCGAUUCUGAAGAGGAAACUGUCGUUAAAAUCAUCGAGGAUGCAGCGAGAAAAGCUUAUGUGGUUUACCAGUUUGCCGAUAGUAAAUAUUACCAAUUGUUACCUCCUCCUCCUUCCAGCAAUGAUCUAGUAGAUACCUCUCCUCUUACUGCAGAAGCUGCUAUCGCUCUAGCAGAAGAAGCUUUGGUUCUUUAUGUAAAAGCGCUAUCUUUAUUAAAAGCGGCGAUGGAUAGUGCCAAGCAAUAUUGGGCUGGCAUCGGCCAUCGAAAAGCUGAUUAUCCGGGUAUGAAAGUUGCUUCUCACAAAUUGAAUAAUGCUGUUCAAUGGGUACGUAGCCGUUAUAAUGAAUGUCUAGAGAAAGCCGAAUAUGUCAAAUCUAAGUGUCAAACAGAAGACGAACGGGGUGUUGGAGCUGUCCCGGAGAAAUUAUUGUAUGAUCGUGCAUUGGAAAUGAGUCGUCAAGCCGCUCUUGAUGAACUAGAGAAUGUCGAUUUACUUGGAUGUGAACGAGCCUAUCAGACAGCUAUUUUAAUGCUUCAAGCCAUAUUAGACAACCCUCAAGAUGAGCAAGAUAGUAUGGAUGAAGAUGAUAGACGAAUACAAGCUUUUCCUCAACUAUUUUUUGUGAUGCGAGCAACUCUCGUUUUACUCGCAAGAAACUUGAAACAUCUUACAUUUAAACGUGCACAAAAAGGUUUAUUCCAUGGUAAACGUAUACAGUUUGGCAACCAAGUCUCGGAACACAAAAAUAAAUCACCUCGUACCUGGUUACCAAACGUAAGAGUAGGACGUCUAUGGUCGGAAACCUUUAAACGUUGGACAAAAAUAAAAGUUACCACAGCCGCAUUACGUACCAUUGAUAAAAAAGGCGGUCUAGAUCGAUAUUUAUUAACGACCGAAGAUGAACUUCUGGGUGCACGUGGCGUAAAGAUGCGUGGAUACUUGGAAACGAGGUUGGCUUGGAUUCAGAAACAAAAAUAUCCGAAUUUGGAACAAAUUAUUGGGAGAAAAAUGUACGAGAGGCCACCUAAACCGAUACAGUAUAAAGAAGGAGAAGAUCCGGCAGAGUGGGAUGAUAAUAGGAAAUUGUUGGAAAAGUUUCGAAGAAAGAUGCGUUCGAAGAAAAAACAUAAUUUGGUAAAAGAGUCAAAUGAACCAAAGUUGUCAAAAUAUGCAUAUACUAAAAUUUUGGAAGCUGAAGGGGAUCCAACGAAUACGUUCAUCAAACCAUUGAAAGUUUAUCAGGAAGCCAGUGCUGUUGCUAUAGCUACAAAGCUUUAUUUAGAAGCUCAGGAAAAAGGCCAAAAGGCAUUGAAACAUAAGAAAAACGAAGAAAGUAUUUUGAAAUCGGAAUUUAUAAACAAGCCAUCAUCAUCAGAAAUUGUGAAUGAAAGUACAAAAUUGCAAUCAAAGAAACAUUUAGAGAAAUCAAACAAUAAUAAUUAA